UAGGUUCCUUGAUGAAGUAAUUGCAGUAAAGUCAAAAAUAAAGGACUAUUUUCUCUACCAAGGCGAAAUUAAAACUACCCACCUCGCUGAGAGACUUAAGGUGCCAUGCUCAUCUUCCAGGUUAUACAGCCACCACUUUGAUCAGCACUGGAGCUCAGCAACUAUUCAGAGAAUGUUGGACAAACUCAAACACGAAACAGCCACCUUUCAAGCUGGAUCCAAACAUUGUAUUUCGAAUUCUUAUUACUAUUACAAAGCGCCGCCUGCCAAUAAUUUAAAUGAUGUUAUAAUUAUCCCAGUUAUUUCUGGAAGCGAAAACUCAAUUCCUGAAGAAGUGACCACCACAGACAAGUUUGCUAGCGAUAAAAUCACGCUGACCAGGAUAGAGAACCGGAAGAAAAGACGACACAGAACAAUAUUCAGCUGCCAGCAACUGGUAGACCUGGAGAAAGCUUUCAAGGAAGCCCAUUAUCCCGACGUGUACGCUCGUGAACUACUCUCAGCUAAGACCAAUCUUCCUGAAGACAGAAUUCAGGUAUGGUUCCAAAACAGACGAGCUAAAUGGAGGAAGACAGAAAAGACAUGGGGACGCAGCUCUAUCAUGGCGGAGUAUGGACUGUACGGAGCCAUGGUUCGGCAUUCCUUGCCUCUGCCAGAGCACAUGCAAGGCCAGGAAAACCAGACUAAAAAACCAGGAUAUACCUGGCUGCUGGGUGAGAAACAAUGUUCUUUUUCUGGCUGCUGGGUGAGAAACAAUGUUCUUUUAAUGGCUGCUGGGUGA